UUCAGGCGAUAAUUUAGAGUAAAACUAUAUUUUAAUAUUUAUUACGGGAAAUAUAGUUUUAUUGAUAAUGGCUUCCUCCGAGACAAACUCAACAGCAGCCAGUGAUGACAUUCUUGACUCCAACUACGACUUUUUAAUCAAAUUUAUGUUGUUGGGAGAUUCCGGUGUUGGUAAGACAUGUUUUCUACACAGGUAUAUGGAAGGAGAGUUCAGAAGUAGAUUCACAGCUACUGUGGGCGUUGACUUCAGGCUAAAGAAAUUGGAAUAUGAUUUCCCAGAAGACGACGGUGAAGAAGUCAAAAAGAAGAUACAUUUACAAAUUUGGGAUACUGCUGGACAGGAAAGGUACCGAAGUUUAACAAAAGCAUUCUUCAGAGAUGGAAUGGGAUUUCUCCUUUUAUUUGAUGUUGGAAAUGUAGAAACUUUUCAUUCAGUCAGAGACUGGCUCAGUGAAAUAAAAGAAGAAGCUUAUUGUGAAAAUCCAGAUAUUAUAUUAAUCGGCAAUAAAUGCGAUCUAGAAAACAGAGCAGUCAGUGAAAAACAAGGACAACAACUUGCUAAUGAAUUAAAUGUACCUUAUAUGGAGACAAGUGCCGCUACAGGGAACAAUGUAACAAAGGCAAUAAACACUUUAUUGGACAUGGUUAUGAAGCGUAUGAGGGACUAUGUAUCCGGUAUGGAUCCUAAAACCGGAAAAUCCGGUGAACCAGGAAAUGUAGGACCGGAAACAAAAACUGAAACGCAGAGCAGUUCUUCGUGUGCUUGUUAAAAACGUCGCUCCCGCCUGGAAAGAAAUUUAUGAAAGCAGAUAUAUCAGACAGGCCAGAGUCGCAGAUAGAUCUUCAGAUGAGACUAAAACGACUCAAUUCUAGCUAAAGAAGAUUUCAAAAGAAUUUCGCCCCCAGACUUGACUCCUUCCUAUUUUGAUAAUAAGAUGGAUAGUUUAUUAUGAAUAUGUCAACUUCAGUCGAAUUUUCCGCCUAACACUGAAAGAGCUUUUUAUCCGGUGACGCGUAUAUUACCUAAUCCACUCCACUCCCUCCAGUUCGAGCCCAGAACUGCUCUUUUGCAAAGAUUAUAGACAAAUUUGCAAAAUCGAAUGCUAUGAGGGUGUCCAUAAAGUCUUGAAAUUGUAAAAUUUUUUUAUCGAUAUCAUAUAUUGUUCUGGCAAUCACAGAUGUAUUAAAUUAAGUAAAAAUACUUAAACAAUUACUGAUUAAAAAACAGCAAACCUGGGUAAGGUAUGUUGAGAACUGACUUAAAUAGCAAAUUUGAAAUUAUAAAAGGACUUUAUGGACACCCUGUAUAUGUCCGACAUACACACCGGUUACAAAUAAACCGUUAUACUAGUUUAAUAUACAUUGUGCGUCAACUAGCAUUUGUCGACUUGUGCUAAAAUACAUUUGUAUAAGGUUUCUCACCUAAAAUAUAAAUUCUAUACUAUCCAGGUAUGUUCAAAACGGGUCGAAUAUUCGAAUACUUCGAAUUCCAUUAUAUUCUGUAUGAGGAAAUUUCGAAUUUAGAAAUGAGUUACAAUCUUUAUAUUUGAAAAGCAGAGAUUUUGAGUUGCCAGACAAGUAGAUCAAAGUGUACGAUAAUAAACGAAAAAAAACAAUGACCUUUAUAUUCAUGUCAUUGUAGAUGUGAUUAUCAUGAAGAUAUAGUGAUUUUAUGUAAUUUCCCACUCAAAUUUGCCCCCAACUUAAAAUGUAUUCGAUAUUUCAUAUUCGAAAAUGUUUUUUCAGAAAAUGUUUGGAAUAGUGAAAUAUUCGGUUUCGGCCAUCCCAGGUCACAAGUUUCUGUCUAGUUUUCCUUUCUCUUAUCGGUCAUACCCAAUAAUAAAAUGAAUUUUGAUUUAAAUUUGACUCAACUUUUGUUACUUUUUCUAAUAAAAAUACCGUUAUUGAAUAAAGAGUACUUGAGCACAAAAAUUUGGCAAUUGGCUAUUCAAUAUACAAAUUUAUUAAACCAAUAUCAAUGCUUUAAACGAAAAAUAAUGUUUUGAAAUAUUCGUUGAGGAAUAUAUCUACUGACAAAAAUAAAUAGAAUUUCUACGUUUUUCGAUUGUUCAAAUUAAAAUGUUUUAAAAAACAAAACAAAAAAUAAUUGUUGGCACAAACUAAAAUACUGCUAUAAAAUUAACAAAGUAAAAAAAAACUAUCGAUCGUCAAAAAUAUCUUGUUGAAAUUGAUACUAGUGCAACUUAACCAAGUAUCCACCAUAUUUUCAGCACUUCUACUAGAAAGAAAUAUAUAUAAAUCGUAAUAUUUAUCGUAAAAGAACAAACGUUAUAUAGAAUUAAUUUUUUUUAUAUAUAUAUUUCCAUCUGAUAUGUUGGAGAAUAGCCUAGGAAUAGUCAUUGGGCGUUACAUGGAAAUGCCAGAUAAAUUAACUUACUUUUUGCUUUAAUUUUUUGAUCGUUAUAUUAUUCAAACCAUUAUUAUUUCAAGAAUAAAGAAUAUUCAAGUUU